CACGCCUAGGUGCGAGGAGAUUAUUCAAAUAGGGCCCAAGGCGUAGAAGUAGGAUUGGAGGCUUGGCUGGCGCACACAGCUAUAUCACUGCGUCAAGCGGCUGCACCGAGCGUCAUUUUCAACUGCGCUCACUCGCCGACGCAUUGCGCGGCUGCCUCUCCCUUUUGUGCGCCACUCUUGGACUCGGAGGGACGCGGCAGCCACGCCGGCACAUGUACCAGUGGUCGGUCCCUAGUCAGCGGCUAUAUACGAGAGACGCGCUUGGCUUUUUUUCCUCAGCUGGGAGACGCUCGGUUUUAAGUCCUCCAUGAUGCUUGGAGCAGUUAAAAUGGAAGGACACGAACACACCGACUGGAGCACCUACUACGCAGAGCCCGAGUGUUAUACCUCUGUUGGCAACAUGAACGCGGGCCUGGGCAUGAACACGAUGAACACCUACAUGAGCAUGUCCGGCAUGAGCACCUCGGCCAACAUGUCGGCCAACUCCAUGAACAUGUCUUACGUCAACACCGCCAUGAGUCCCGGUAUGACCGGUAUGUCUCCGGGCGCCGGCGCCAUGAACGGCAUGGGAGCAGCCGGCAUGACAGCCAUGAGCGCGGCUUUGAGCCCCAGCAUGAGUCCCAUGACCGGGCAGCCCCCUUCCAUGAACGCGCUCACAUCCUACACCAACAUGAACGCUAUGAGUCCAAUCUACGGCCAGUCCAGCAUCAACCGUUCCAGGGACCCCAAGACGUACCGGAGGAGCUAUACGCACGCUAAGCCGCCCUACUCGUACAUCUCCCUGAUCACCAUGGCCAUCCAGCAGUCUCCCAGUAAGAUGCUCACCCUGGCCGAGAUCUACCAGUGGAUAAUGGACCUCUUCCCCUUUUACCGACAGAACCAGCAGCGUUGGCAGAACUCUAUUCGCCACUCGCUGUCCUUCAACGACUGCUUCCUUAAAGUGCCCAGAUCGCCGGAUAAACCCGGCAAAGGUUCUUUUUGGACUCUCCACCCGGACUCGGGGAACAUGUUCGAGAACGGCUGCUACCUGCGCCGUCAGAAGCGCUUCAAGUGCGACAAAAAGCUGUCGGGCGUCAAGGAGUCCGGACGCGGCAAAGUGGGCGGCGACGGCUCGUCGCACAGCAGCUCCGAGAGCUGUAAUGGCAACGAGUCGCCGCAUUCCAACUCGUCCGCCAGCGACCACAAGAGGGUCAUGUCGGACAUGAAGGCGAGCCAAGCUCUGAGUCCGGAGCACGCCGCCUCGGUCGCCGCCGCUGCCGCAGCGGCAGCAGCAGCAGCAGCAGCAGCCGCCGCCGCCUCGUCCAUCUCGUCGCCGGUGAGCCAGGGCCAGCACCUCCUCUCCCAGCAUCACUCGGUCCUGCAGGCCCACGAAGCGCACCUGAAGCCGGAGCACCACUACUCCUUCAACCACCCGUUCUCCAUCAACAACCUCAUGUCCUCGGAGCAGCAGCACCACCACCACCAUCAUCAUCACCACAAAAUGGACCUAAAAACUUACGAGCAGGUGAUGCAUUACUCGGGCUACGGAUCCCCAAUGACCGGGCCCCUCUCCAUGGGCUCCAUGGCAGGAAAGUCCGGCCUGGAAUCCUCCUCCAUACCUGACACCUCUUAUUAUCAAGGAGUCUAUUCCAGGCCCAUCAUGAACUCAUCAUAAAUGGACUUCUAUCUCAACGUGUAAAUAUGUGAAAAAAAAAUUAUAGAAUUUGUGUACAAUAUGUAUUUCAAAUAUUUUCUUCCAUGAUCGUUUUAGUUGUCGAGUUUGUUAGUAGCCCUAUUGUUGUUAAUAAUCUGUGACACUGGCUGAUAAUGUGACCUGUUCAGAAGUCUGCUGCAGGAAUGAACUCCAAAGAAAACAAACCAAUAAAUAAAACAAACAAAAAAAAAAAAAAAAGAAGAGGAAGAAAAAA